AUGAAUGCCCCCAGCGGGACUCGAACCCGCGACCACUGGCACAGCAGUACGACAGACUUAACACCUACUCUGAUCGGAAUAUACGACUCCCUUUUGGAGCCACCAAAGAGUCUUAGACCUGAAGCCAAUCGUCUUGAAACUGCCAAAGAUGCGAGAAAUGAUCCACCAGUACAAAACAUUACUCAAAUCACAAUGACAGAAGAAAACGAAACAGUGUUGGCAAGCCCACCGAGAGACCCUUCCAGAAUAGCUGGCAGUGUUAAACUACCCAUCGCAUCGAUUAACAAAAGUUCUCUUUAUAAUUUACGAACUAAAAGUGAUAAUAAUGGUGCUACUGAAAAAUGUGAAUUAUCCAGUGAAAUCAAAGUGCAAAGGACGUUUAAAGAAAAAGAAACAGCGUUUGAUAAUUUAUCACCUAACGUCAAGCGUAUGAUAUCGAGUGCAGCGGAGCCUACCACGUUGAAGUUUCAAAAGAGAAGUGUCACUAUAGGUAGGUCUUCGACUAGACGAUGUAAUAUACCCUUAGUAGGGGCAACUUCAAAAAUAUCUCAAUCUGGACUUGAGAUUUUGCCGUCUGUAGAAAUUUAUGAUCAACCAAUUAAAUUCAAUAAUGAAUCACCUGCCAAAACAAUUCCUCUUAAACCGGUAUUUAAAAUAGAUGAUGAGCAAACGACAUACGAUGUACCGACAAAUAACAUGCCCGCUAUUUACGAUGUGCCUAAUCCAAAUAAAACCGCAUUCGAAUCGCUCUCCUUACCCUUUAUCGACCAAUCUAUCGAGCUCUCUAUAUCCUCGAACGAUAGAGAGUUUGAUACAAAAGUUUCCCCAAAAUCGCCAUUGAAGCCCGAGAUAAAAACCUCAACGCCUGAAAUUUCUCCAGCGAAAUUUUCCAAAACUGUCAACAAUGGAACAAAUAGUUUACACAGAAAGGAUUUUGUGGUAAAAACCGAGGAUUCUCCAAAUAAACUAUUAAAAACUCGACCGUAUCCUGAGGCGGUAGCGUCUACCGGAAAUCUGAAAAUAAUUCAGGAAAAAGAAGUAAUCAGAUUAAACCCUCCUAUCGAAGUGACGAGACCGCUAUCGAUGAGUUCUAUAGCAUCAUCUAGCUCGACAUCAAGUAGUGGUGUUCAAAACAAAGGCGGUGUGAAUUCUGCAUACUUAGCUUCAAUCGAGAGUUUAGAUGACCACAGUGACGUAGAUAUAACAUCAGCAAACGGAAGUAACAUCUUUGUAAAUAAUGCUGGGAUAAAAACUAGUGCGUCGGAGGAAAGCCGAACAGAAAUUUUAAGACAACACACUUUUGAGGAAAUGUCGGGGUUGUCACAAUUAGAACGUGUUUGCGCAGAAAUAGUACAAACUGAAAACGUGUACGUCGAGGAUCUGCGACAAGUUGUCGAGGGCUACUUGCACGUGUGGAAACGAGAGAUGAAGUUUUCUGAUGAAGAAUUGCGCGAGUUGUUCAAUAACAUAGAAGAUAUUUACGCUUUCAAUAAGUCCCUUUGCAGCGAACUCAACACGUGCCACCUCGACGCAACGUGUAUCGCGCGUUGCUUCGUCAACAAUACCACUGGCUUCUCGGUCUACACUUCCUAUUGCACUGGCUACCCUCGUACAAUGGAGCGUUUGGCCGCACUCGCAUCUCGCCCGCAAAGCGCGAGAGAGUUCCGGGAGCGACAGUUGGAACUAAUGCAUCCAUUACCUCUCGCUUCAUAUUUACUGAAACCUGUGCAACGGAUUUUAAAAUAUCAUUUGUUACUUCAGAAUGUUGUGAAACAAUGUGCAUCCAGAGAGACCGAGUACGCGUUACUCAAGAUGACGGGCAUUGCGCACCACAUCGACGACAUGAAGCGGAAACACGAACAUGCUGUUAGGGUACAGGAGAUCCAGUCGCUACUGUACGGGUGGAAUGGACCGGACUUGACUACUUACGGAGAGCUGUGCGCCGAAGGGACCUUUAGAGUGUUCGGCGCGAAGGCGAUGCGUCACGCCUUUCUCUUCGACAAAAUGCUACUUGUCACUAAGAACAGGGAAGAUGGAAUUCUAGCAUAUAAAUCUCAUAUAAUGUGUAACAACAUGAUGCUAGUAGAGUCUAUAGCGGGUGCGCCGCUGUCCUUCCACGUGAUACCAUGGGACACGCCACGCUCGCAGCUCACUCUACAGGCGCGCUCCCCGCGACACAAGCGAGAGUGGACUUUAUUGCUUAAACGAGUUAUACUCGAGAACUACAACGCAGUCAUUCCUUCUCAUGCCCGGCAACUAGUAAUGGAGUUGGGACAAAAUAAAACUGAUGACGACAUCUUAGCGGAGAAAUCACAUAAUCUUAUAACACAGGCUUCAAUGAGGAAACAACUAUCAGCACCAGAAUAUCUCGAAAAACGAAAAUUAGAACGCGAGAGGAGAAAGUCUUUUGAGAACGGCAUCAUUAGAAAUAGACUAAAGAAAGCUAAUCGAAAAUAUACUAUUAAUAAUUCUAGAGAAGAAAACCAAGAAUGCGAUUGCUUACAAUAUUCAGCCGAAAAAGGAGUGGACUACACUUGCGAUAAUUGUUAUAUAGACCUUUGUUCUGAUUGCGAAACAGAACUUGGUAAAGAUAAACUUAAAGAUGAGAAAUGUGCGUGCAAAACUAAUGACGACAUAAAAGAUUGUCCAGAAUGUGAUAAAACUCUUCACUUCGUUGAUAGUGGUAGUGCGGAGAGAAUUGAAAGGAAUAAAUCGUGCAAAUGUUCUGAUUUCAAAUCAUCUCAAGAGAGUUUCACCAAAGAAUUUAAUGGCUCUUUAAACAAAACUAGAGGAUAUCACUCAUCUGAUAGCAUCAUUACUUACACAGAGACUAAAAGCAAAGAAGAUUAUUCCGAAACAAAUAACUCGCCAAAUUCUAAAAAUAUUACAAAAACAUGUCUUAAAUGUGCUAAAAUUAAAGAAAAUAUCCCUGUCACAGAUUCAAUGAGUACAUUGCAUACUAGAAAAUCUAGAUGUAAUGAUACUGAGAAACAUAGAAGUGACACAAUGAGAUCAAAGUCUAAAGAUGAUCCUCAAAGGUCGAAAUUAUCUAAAAUAGGUACAUGGAGAAGAAAGUCUGAACCUGGAUUACAAAACACAAUAAUAAUAACAAAGAAAUCUCAAGACAGCGAUAGUGAAAGGGCGGAAAGUAAAGGAAGUGAAAAGAUAGAAUUUGAAUGUCGAAACUGUGGAUCGAAUAAAAUAACUAAGAAAGCAAAAACAAAUGAAGGAUCAAUUGUUUCAGAUGCGGAGUCUGAUAUUAAAAAGAAAACAAAUAUAAACCCAGUAACGAAACCGAAUUUAGAAAUUAAAAUGUACAAUACUAAAAACAUACCAAAGAAAAUUACAAAAAUAAAGAAAAAUCGAGCGAAAGGUAUACGUCUAGGAUCAGACACAACAACACGGUUUUAUACAGAUUUCUCAACCGAUGUAUCUACUGAGAACAUUUUGCACAUAUCAGAAUCAAAUGACAGUUUAAAUGUUGACAAACCAAAGAACCCACCAGUACCGAUCCCCGAUACAAUAAGUAAAGACGAGGACAUUGACGAAGAAACAUAUAAGAAGUUGAUAGAAAAAACGGAUUCAUUUAAAAAGAAUGAAUUAGAGAAGGUCAAGUACUUAAAUAAACAAAAAGUGAUUACAGAGGGAACUGAGACAGAAGACAAAGCACAAGAAAUACAAGGAAUACGAGGCAUUCAAGAAAGCUGUGAAGAAACUGAGCAGCCUUUAGAACAAAUUAUAUCACAACUUCUAAUGCAAAAUCGAGAAUUCCAAAAAUUGCUGAAGAAACAGCAACAACGAAAUACCGCUCAAAGAAGACAUCAAAGGCUUUUGAAAUCUCAUUCUAACCCCGACCAAGUUAUAUUGGCCAAAAACGAAUUAACAAAGUUAAAACCAAAGUAUAUUCGUCAAAUGUCAGAAAAUAUUGAGCUAAACAUCAAUGAACAUGAUGAUCAAGAACUUGUUCAAAGUGAAAUAGAUGAUGUUUCUGAUGACGAUCAUAUCUAUGAGACUUUGAGAAUUGAAAAUAGAUCUGACAAUACUUUACACGGCUUAAACAAUAAAAGUAAAUUAAUACAAGACAAUUCACAUGCUGUUCGGCCAAAACGAUUGUCAUCUCCACAAAAUCCGACGCAAAUUGAUACUGAAUUAAGAAAAAUAAAUGGUCCUGAAUCGGAUUAUGUCUAUUUGACGUUUGAUGAAGCUAAGCGACAUGAAGGGUUAGAUGAUGGAAUAUAUGAUGUUCCCGUUAAAACACCUGAAAAGGUUGCAAAACCGGAGAAAAUAUCGAAAAGCAACGAUUAUUAUGUAACAAUGGGAAGUCAGGGUCCUCCAACUAAUGAAGAAAACAUUUAUGAUAAUUUAUUAGAUGUUUGUCGAAGGAAAAAAGAAGUACCAAAUAGUUUACCAAGUGAUUAUUUGCCGAUGAGUCCUGAUCAACAAAGUCCUAAUACGCCUGAAAUAUGGUUAAGUCGCCAAAAAGAACAUUUUAAUGUCUCUAGAGAUAGAAAAUCCGGUUCAUUGCCGAGAAGUUUCCAAGUAGUAAUGAAUGGUCAAGAUGAAACCAAUUUAAGUACAUUUAAGUGCAAACCAAAUAGCAAUAGUAAAACAUAUUUAAACAGAGAUGGCAAAGUUUUAAGUGUUGAUAGACCAUUUACGAUUGCCUCAGACCAAAGUGAAAUUAGCUAUGAUGAUGUAGAAACAUAUAUGAGUGAAGGAGAUGUUUUGAAAUUUAAUAAAAAUUCACAAUCAAAAGAAGAAGAGUUCGUACAGAAUAUUAGUCAAUCUACUUUAGAAUUAGAAGAAGAAAUAGAUAGAUGCUACAAAAAUAAUUUUGAAAAAGUUGAUUUAGAUGCUAAUAAAAACGAACCAUUAAAUACAUCCCAAGCUAAUUUGAAUGUUUCUACGACAUCAUCUUGUGAAGCUCUAACUGUUGAGCAAAAUGAAGAGAAGACGAAGCCAGCUGACGUUAUACAUCCAGAACAUAAAAUUUAUAAACCCACAACUAAUGUAUUAUCUUUGAAAAAUGUUCUUAGCCGUUUCAAAAGUCGAACUCCACCCAAAAGUAAUGAAGAAGGCGAGGCAAAUGAACAUGGUCCAGAAAAUGCUAAAUCAGACUUAAAAAGUCCUACAAGUGAAAAAAGAUCAGCUCUAAACCCUAGAAGUUAUUCUAAAAAUUUAUUGCAAAGGUUUAGAAGUAUUAUUGGUGACGAACAACCUGAUGAUAAUCAAAAUAAAACGGAAUUGAAAAUAAAAACUGAAGAUCAUAAUAUUACUAAAAAUGAAAUCAAAGUUAUCAUUACGUCUACUGACAACAGCCCCACUACGUCAAGUAUAGUUUAUUCUAUAAAAACUGAUGCAUUGAGUAAAAGUGUUUGUGAACAUACUACUAUGAGUGAAAGUCAAAAAGAAAAAAAUAAUUUAGAAAUCUUAUCUCAAAGCUGUGAGAACAUUAACAAGCCUGGGUUUAGACCGAAUUAUGAGAAAAGUAUUAGUAUGGUCACAAAUGUUACUAGCUCAUUGGCAAGUACUCCUUCGCCUUCAAAAUCUAACAACAGUUCUUAUCAAAGUUUGAAUAAACUGCCCGUAUAUAUGCAAGGUAGCAAGCACUUAGGAGCUAGAAUAGCCCAAUCUGACUAUGUAGAUCCUAUGACACUUAUGAGUGAGAGGAACGCAUUAAAAAAUGUAAAUAUACUUAUUAACAAAAACGCUCUAAGACCAGAUAGUUUGUUUUCAAACUCAUCCUUUGUUACAUCAUCAAGUGAAAGUACGUACCAAGAAAGUCAAAAUAAAGUAAAUAGACCAGUAACGGAAAGCGUGACAUCAUCUUGUAAAAUUAAUUCCGAUGAGAGUUAUUAUGAGAAAUCUUUUGAAAAAAUUGAACAAUUGACAGAUGAAGACAUGUUUAGAGAUUCUGCAGUUUAUUCUGAUCAGGAAGAAGGCGAGGAUAUUCAUGUUGAAACUGUUAACAAACAUUUAAAUAAACCUAUGACUAGAGUGGAAAGUAUUAAACGAGAAUCUUCCUUUAGAAAUAAAAGAACUGUCACUACGAGUAGUACUAAUAGUAGUAAUAAUAGUGGCACUGAGAAAAAGUGCGUACAAACACGUGUAACUGUGACAAAUAAAACUCAAUAUAUAGAAAAGAGCGACAAAAUAGAGAAGCCAACUAGUGACAAAGUUGCUAUUGCAAAAUCAAAGGUAGCUCCACCUGUUCCAAUAAAACCUAAACUGACAAUUGUUUCAAAUAUUGCAACAGUUCAAAGUAAAACUAUAACUAAGACAAGUUUAACUAAAACAUCAGAUCAAUCGUCAUCAUCCGAAUCUGUCAACACACGAACUAUAAAACGAAAUACAAAUUAUAAACCCUCGUACACUCGAUCAGAAUCAACGCCGGUACCACCAAAAAAUAAGGCAAAUGUUCACAAUAUAAUGAAAAAAUCAGAAGAAGUAGUUGAAACUAAAGAAGUAUCUGAAGAAGAAUCAUCAAAACAGGGAAUACAAUUGAAAAGACUAAGUUUCGAAAGAGCCAGCCUUGAUUCAGCAACCCGAAAAACAAAACCAAAUAUCGACACUAAGAGAACGUCAUUAGAACAACCGUCUACAUCAAAAUCGGUAUUGGAAAGACGAUUGGAGAUAGAGCAAAUGACGAAAACCCAAAUUAAAUCGGUUCAAACUAAAAAAACAUUGCCAGUCGCAAAACCUAAAUCUAUCACGUCUAAAGUAGCAUCAUUUGAGCGAAAUGUUAGUGAAAAUAAUAAAGAACUUAAAAGUAAUUCAGGUGUUGUUAAAAUAAAUUUACCUAUAAAUAAAAAUUUUAGUGAAGAAAAUGUCGACGUCGACGAUUCAAAGGAAAGUUGGGUGAAACAGGUUGUCAAUAAAUUCCAG